AUGCUCGGCUUCUUCCUCCUGGUACGUAAUGACUAUGACCUCCAUUAUUUUUGAAUUAUGCUUUUUGUUAUCAGUGCUUUCACGUUAUUUUAUAUGUUUCAAUUUUCUUAUGCUAUUUUAUUUUACUUUCAUUAGAACAUGUAUUUGGAAAUACAGUGUGACACGAUAUAACCUUCAAUGAUGUAAUCUGAUUACAUUUUUUUAUAAUCAUCCAAUAAAAAUGUGCUGAUCAAUGUUUUUCUAUCAGUUAAUAUGGUUUUAUUUCCCAUCACAAUUCCAGUUUAUAACCACAUCAGACAUCUAAAAGUAGUUACAACUAUGAUACAAAUUUAUCCACCUUGAUGAAUUUACAAGAGUUUCUGUCAGGUCAAACAAAAGAUGUUAAGUUCACUCUUGUUCUGUGACAAUAUUACUGCUCUGGACAUGCCUGUGUGUACACUUAAGAAGAACUGGUUCCCCUGCUUUUUAGUGCCAUGACCUACAAACAACGUGAUCUACAGAUGACAUAAAUUUCAAACUUCUGUCUGCGUGCGUAAAAUGUGCAUACUGUCUAUGAGAAAGACUGUGUUUCAGGUUUGGUCGGCUGUCCCUCUUUCAGGUUUAUUUUUUUAUGAGUGCAUCUUGCUCAGAGGUGCUGAGCCGCCACAAGAGGGCCUGGAUCGUUGACUCCUUCACCAUUGAGGAGGAGCAUCCUGGACCCUUCCCCUAUGUGCUGGGAACGGUGAGAAAUUCACUGAGUGACAGAAAAUAACAUUAAAUAACUGACCAGGGUAAGCGGGAGAACAGUGGUUUCAUUUUCAAGUGCCAAAUUCAUCUCCAGAGUUAGUUGUAGACAUCUCAGUGUAAACCAGUCAGCUCUAACAUGUGGCAAGCCCCGCCCACAAACAGAUGCUCCAGCUCGCUCGUAUCGUUUCAAUUAAAUUCAGAUAUAAUGCAGAUAAACACUUCAAAUAAUUACAAAUGGGGCCCAGUCAACGUGAAAGUAAAAAACAUUGGUGCUACUGUAGAUGCCAACAGACUACCAGCAAACACAACAUUUGCAGGACUUCUACAACUAGGAAAAAGUGACAUAGUCCAGGACCCGAGGUCAACAGUUUUGCGGUGCUACAACACACAGCAGGUCCCGUUUGACAGACACUUCUGUUACAGACACUUGGCUUACUUUGUUAAAGCGGUUUACCUGUCCAGCAGAAAGGUUACAGAGUUCGUAAGAUCCCGAAACAUCCCCCAUCCUUCAUGCUUUAUUGAUAUUGACCUGGCUUCUUAGCUCUUGUCCAGGUGGUCUACCUCCUUUUUAAGUGCCUGUUAUUCUGCCAGAGUCUACGGUAUUUAGUUCAUUUUCUUGCUUGCGUCAGCAGUCGUGGCCAAAGGAGGAUCCAGACAUUUUUCCGUACUUUCUGGUUGGUUACUACUGUCCAACAUCGUACGUUGCUAACUUUGUGUGGGCUCAUGCACGUUAUUCGAGGACGUGGACCGUGCCUCACAACAAGAGGGAGCAGCGUCUGCCUCACAACCAGUCAGGUCGGGGAGGUGAAGAAUGGCUUUGUUUACAGUCAGAAAGAGCGGGACGCUCAAAACUUUAAAAUGUGGACUACACAGACAUAACAAAACACAGCGAUAUCAUUAUAAUCCCAAAUGUCAUUAACACCUAAUGGCUAUUGACGGAUAUUAAACCCUUUUUUGUAUAUACACCACAAAAAAAGAUGCUUCUUUAACGGAUUCCUGCCUACUCCACCUUUAAGGGGGCACCAACAUCAAUACAAGCUGAAAGUUCUUUGCAGGAGCUUCAAUAAACAUAGGAAGCUCCUGAAAGAUGACUAUUAAGUGUUUGUAAUUCUGUUAUAGGUAAGAAUUGAUCGGGAGUACCGAGUCCACUUUGAUCUGCGUGGGGAGGGAGUGGAUGAGGAGCCAAAGGGAGUCAUCUCCAUUCAUAAAAAAUCUGGCACCCUGUAUGUGCACAAACCUGUGGACUAUGAAGAGACGACAGUGUUAAGGGUGAGGCCCAACAUGUGUUACAUACCAGCAUUUUAUACUUGUCGUGCUGUUUCCAUGAUUCCCACAAAAGCAUCUUUGCAGUGCCCUGACAAGGACAAUGAGGAGACACUCUUGAUUUUAUUCCUCACCUUUGUACAACAAGAUACAUACUGACAAAGUUCAACCAUAGAUAGUAUGAGCCUGCAGCUAUUUGAGUUAUCUAAAUUAACAUCUAUCAGAGAAGGUUUUGGGAUAUAAUUCAUUUUUGCCAUAACACAUUUUUUUUAUAGAAUUUGUUUUAAAGAGGUUUGAAUAAAAAGAUGUGACUUACAAGAAACCUGAGUCAGACUGCUGAAAAUAUUUAAAAUUAUGCACGCUGGAAUCACAUUAUGGAGUAACAGGCCUCUGUACAGAAGGAAAGAACAUUUAACAAAAACUGUUACAUGACAAAAGUUUUUGUGAGACAGACACAUCAAAUUUUAUCAACAUCCUGUAUCUUCUUUUGAGUUGUAUCUUUUAAUCUGCAGCUGAAAUUUGAGGCAAAGAAGACAGAUGAUUUUUCUACAGACACAAACCUGGGAAUUCAUAUUUCCAUACUGGACAUCAAUGACAACCCGCCACACUUUCAGAAUGAUCUGUAUGAAAUCGGCAUCAAUGAGGAGGUUGACCAAGGUAAAGGAAACAAUGAAACCAAAAUAACACCCCCAACCCUUUUUUAAAGUAGACUCACAGCCUAAAAUUAUUUCCCAUCAGGCUCCCACCUUCUGACUGUUUUGGCAAAUGACAUUGACAAAAGAGGGAGUCCAAAUUCUACAUUUCACUAUGAGAUCAAAUCUGUGUCACCGAAAAAUCCAGACACUGAGUUCUUCAUCGAUGAGCUUGGAAAAAUCUCCUUCAAAGGAUGUUUGGACCAUGAGGCAAGAGAUGUAAAAUUUAUCAACUUCAUGUGUCUUUUACAGUUCUGCUGCUACUCGACAUGAGGAUAAAACUUGACGACUUAAAUGUGUGCAGUCGCUCGCUUUAGGCAAUGUCUACCCAUAAGUGUGCAUAAAAAACAUAUUCCAUAUUUAGAACUGAGCUGCAGGGUGUGUUUUCUGCAGAGUUAUUAAAAAUCUUUUUGUGUUUCACUGAUUCUGAACUUCCUGCAGAAGUUACAACAUAUUUAAGAGACAUCACUGUAACUCAACAAGUUGCUAGGUUUAAUAAAAACAACCAAUUCAUAACAAUUCUUGAUGGUGCUGCUUUACAGGAAGUGAAUGUGCUUAUUGUUGAAGAAAAACAUUGAAUUUUUCUUUUAUUAUUUGCUCAUUUCAGGUGGUGAAAAUGUUCAGGGUGUUGGUGGAGGCCAAGGACCACGGGGAUGUCAUCAGUCUUUCAAGUUCAACCACAGUUCUUGUUCAUGUCCUGGAUGGAAACAACCACCAACCGACCAUCACUGGACUAACAGUAGGCAGUCAAACCUUGAAAACAUCACAUAGGCUUUGAAGCAUACAUUUUCCUGUAUGCCUUUACAUCUAUGUAAAUGUCACACCUGCUCUCUAAUACUUAUUUGCCCGAUGUCUAAAUAUAAUGUGUAGAAAUAGGAAGCUUGCUACUCAAUAAACACAAAAACACAUAUAUUUUGUGCUGUGAUUAAAACAAAGCGGUGCAAGAUGCCCCUAUAUAGACACAAAAGUCUUAUUCUCGAGACUGCUUAUAAUGCUUAAGCCUCAUCAUUUUAUUUCAAGUAAAACAGGCUCAUUCAAAUAUCCGUACUUGUGAAAAUAAUGUUACGUUUCUACCAUGACUGGUCUGCUUGAUGCCACUAAAUAACACACACUGCACCUUUAAGUGACAUAUUUCUAUUGUUUUGACUCAAAACAAUAAUCUUAAGUACUUUCAUGAUAAGGAAGACAAGUGAAAAAUAUACCCUCUUUGUUACUGUUGUGUUUUUCGUGCGUUAAAAGUCAGUCAGUAACAAAUAUAAGGGUUAAGCAAGACAACAAAAGCAAACAGAAAAGAAACUAAGGCUGGAGGUUGGUACAGAGUUAAUUUUUUCUUUUCAAGACUUUUAAUCAAAGGUUGGGGGUUCAUUCCCGGGUCCUGCUGUCCAGAUGCCAGAGUGACCUUGAAGUGUCCUGGCUGCAGUCAGACUGUUUAGCCAGGCCUGCUCUCAGAAGUCUAGGUUUUUAGCACAACUCACAAACAGUAACACAAUGUUACCUUUAUAUUGACAGGUCAGAUAUUGCAAGUACCUACUUUUUUAUUAGGAAUAAUAACUCCAAUAAAAUGCAAUAAAAUGUCCAAUUCCUUUUUGUUCACUUGAUUUGUAUUUAACGUUUUUUAUUUAGGUCUAAGUUAACUAUUUUAUAAGUAUCCGUGCACUGUGUGCAUGAUGAGUGUAUUCUUCUAUAUUUCCUAUGCUGAUCCUUUGCUGCUGUUAACACUGCGAAUUUCCUCACCAUGAGAUAAAUAAUGGUUUAUCUUAUCUAACAAGAUACUUGGUUCCGACCUGCCCUCAUUGGCUGCACGUGUGUGGAUGUAAUGUGAAUGGGUAAAUCUAAUGUGAUGUUAAAGCACUCAGAGUGGUCAGGAGUCCAGAGAAAGUGCCUCAUAAGAAUGGUUUAUUUAUUUAACGUUUAUUUACAUUGAACUUUCACAAAGGCUACACAAAAAUAAAUACAAGUGUCAGCUUUUUAUUUCAUACCGACAGAAAAAUAGCCUGUCGAGGUUCAUUUUUCUAUUAAAAAAAAAAAAACACUAGUUUUUAGCUGCUUGUGCAUCCUGCAGGAAAAAGCACUUCCUGGAGCCAAUAGCAAAAUCUGAGCUUCCAUUACCAACAUUAUGGUCAACAAACAAUAUCAGUCCCAUGUCUUCAGGAAGUCUAAACUUCUUUUUUUUAAACCAAAUAACAUGUCUGUAUAAGUGAGUAUGUCAUAACAACUAGAGCAGCUGGUUUUCCCUUGUUCUGGGGUGACCCGGUUAUGAGAGACAUUCACAAGCGUACACAAAAGUUGAUGUCAAAUGAUGAUAGGGUGAACUUUUAAUGUGUUCACAGUUUCCCUUCUGAUCUUUGCGUUUUGGUAUCAUACAUCAGGGCUCUGGAAAAGUCAAAGAAGAUGAGACUGGGACGUCUCCUCUGCGUCUGCUUGUGUCAGACAAAGACAGCCCAAACAGCCCAGCAUGGAGAGCGAGAUUUACGAUCCAGGGUGAAGCGCAAGACAGCUUUGAGAUUGAAACUGACCCAUACACAAAUGAAGGGGUGCUGACGGUAGUAAAAGUGAGUGCUGUUUGACUGCAUGCUUUACAUUACAGGGACAACUUUGACAUGUUAUUACAACACACCUCUGUCACUGAAUGUUUACUCUAACAAACAGUUCUUCUGUCCUGUCAGCCCUUAGACUUUGAGGAUGGAGCGCAGAGGGAGCUGCUCAUCUCAGUGGAAAAUGAAUCACCAUACUUCUCCUGUAAGGUGAAGGAAAAGAGAACCUCAGGUCUGUGGAAAGUUGACACCACAAAAGCUGAUGACCUUGUUGCAGCUCAGCCUCAUUCUGUGAAAGUCAUCAUUGAAAUUGAGGACAUCAACGACCCCCCUGUGUUCACUGAGUCUGUCAAAGAGGCCAUGCUGGAGGAGAACGUUCCCAAAGGAACUUGGGUAGAGAGAGUGACUGCCGCCGAUCCGGACUCUAGUCACGCAAGAGAGUUUGUGUAAGAGGGACAUCUUUUCCACCUCUUCAAAACCCUUUUAUUGAAACUCUGUUGACUGAUGUUUAGUCUGUCUAUAUGAAGGUAUAGGUUGGCACAUGAUCCUGCUGGCUGGGUGACAGUGGAUCCACACACAGGAGACAUCACAAUAAUCCAAUCACCGGACAGAGAAUCACAUCAUGUUGUUGAUGGUGUCUACAUGAUCAUACUGCAUGCAGUGGAUGAUGGUAAAACCCUAAGUGUACAGACAGUCAUCUGGGCCAAAAUCUUUGUCCGUUUAAGAAACAGAAAUUUUUACUAGAAACUCAAGUUUGAAAACUUUGACUCUUACAAUUUUCACUGUAAACUACAUGCACAAGUUGUCUUAAAAAGAGUUGGCUCAUACUUUUAGCAAAUAUUUUGGCCCAAAUUAGGCUCCCAGUGCAUCCAGACAGUUAAUCAAGGUAUUUUCUGGAAAACUUGACAUAUCUAUCAUCUUGUACUAGUACUUUUGGACUCACUCGCACCACAGACAAUCAUAAAACACUGAACAGUUUAAGUUUCAGAAGCAUAAAACAAACAAACAAACAAACAAACAAACAAACAAACAAACAAACAAACAAACAAACAAACAAACAAACAAACAAACAAACAAACAAAGACCUAACUUCCUUUAUAAUAAUAAUAAUAAUAAGAAGAAACUGAAUUACUAAUGAUUGUAAAAUUCAGUAAUUACUUACAUGGAUAAAAAUCCACUUUGGGCUUCAGUAUAAAUGAAGCUAAUUCCCGACUCUCAACUCUUUUCCUAUUCAUGGCAGGUAAUCCACCAUUGACUGGCACCACUUCACUUAACAUUCAUGUAAUUGACCUGAAUGACAAUGUGCCUCAGCUGAAAGUAAACACCUUGGACCUCUGUGUGUCUGAUGGCCCAACCAUCACCAACAUCACAGCCUUUGACCCUGAUGACAAUCCUUUUGGAGGACCAUUCACAUUUGAACUGGACGGGGACGUUGAUGGAAAAUGGACCUUUAAUCCCUCCUAUGGUAGAAACAAUUACCCCAAAAGUGACAUUUUAUACAUGGCUUUAACAUUUAUGUUUGUACAAAAGAGCAAAAUAACUGUGUUACUGUGUGAUUAUUUCAAACAGGGUACACAGCUGGCCUGGUGAAGGGUCCUGGUGUGUAUGCAGGCCAACACACAGUCAAUCUGAAAGUCUCAGACAUACAGGGAAAGUUUGAUGUUUACAGCCUCAGUGUGACCGUAUGUGACUGUUCUGUGACGACAAAUUGCAGCAGCCGUCGAGAUACAGCAACAAACACAACCUUUAGUGCUGUAGGAAUAAUAUUUGCCUCUCUGCUUUUACUCCUGUGUAAGAAACUCUAUCUUUUCUACCAUCAGUGUUAGGUGUUUUCUUCAGCUGUGCAUCCUCACUGAAAGAGACAUUUUGCUCUCUCUCUAUUUCAUUGGCAGUUCUUCUCCUGAUGGCAGUUGAGGUUUCCUGUAAAAAAAAGUUCACCACUCUGCAGACUUGUGAUUCCUCUGGAGAAACCCUCCUUGCAUCAAAUAUUGAGAAACCAGGAACAGACUGCAAGGUCAGAGUCCAGAGGCAUUUUCAUAAAACCAGUAGUAAUUUCCAUACUCCUUGUACAAAUCACUUACAGUUGACUCUUUUUCAAGGUUCCUGACAAUUUCCUGCAAUCGUCCACUGAUUUGACGUGUCAGGACACAGCUUACCGGCUAAGUCUGCACAAUGUAACGCAAUAUACACAGGUCCCAUCUCAGGUGAGGACAGAUGGAAAUGAGGACAAACUUUUUUUUUUAAUUGCAGAACAUGAAAAACUUGAAGAUCUGUCGAACAUUCUUGAGAUUUUUUCAAAGCACUUGACAAGUUUAGUCACAUACUUCGAAGUCAUUGCUCAGGAUACCAAAGGUUACCAUGUUGAACGUGCACUUAAACUCAGCAUUUAAUCUCAACUGGUCUGGUUCUUGUCUUUAGCAGCAUAUACGACAAAAUGUAAUCAAUAACUUUGGAUAUCAAAGAUACAGCAGUUGUCCCAGCCUUUUCAUAGACAGGAUGAACCAGGUAAAGUGCACUCUUUUUACAUUACUCUUUUUAUCUGAUCAUUCGUUGCAGUUAUACACUUCAAACAUUUAUCUUUCUGCACAUCUUAGGCCACCUGGAAUCCUCUAAUAUCCAAUGGUUUGCAGCGCCACCAGCAGGUAGAGUAAAAGUAGCUUUUGUCUGGGAUGUUUCAGAUGAGACAGUUAAAGAAACUUUAAAGUGAAUUUUUCCUUGUGAUCAGAUUAAACAUGCAGCAAGGAUGAAUUCCUUCUACAAGAGGAACUCGAGCUACCCAUCAGAUGCAGCUCUCCUCGCUCUGCUCCAUCGGGUCAGUAACGCUCCGACACCAUUGUUACAUUAACUCUGCCUUACUGGAGGCAGUACAUGCUGGUAAGAGGUAAACACUACAUUCACUUUUGUGUAUGGAUGUCCUCCUGCAGAGGCUCUCCACUAUACAGAAGACAGGGGAAGAACUGCUGGAUUAUGAGCCUCACCUCUAUGCAGACGAGGGAGAGUGUGACCAAAUCGCAGAUCUGGAGGACAUCAUUACUCCUGACCGGGAUUCAGUACAGAAAGCAGUAAAGGAGUUGGGUCCUAAGUUUAACCAGCUGGCUUUAAUUUGCAGGAAGUCACAGGGAAAGAAAUGA